AGUGCACUAAUGCACGUGCGCCCUCGCGUACUUACAUUAUAAGAAGCGGGUGCACGUAAGGAGCUUCCUCGCAAUCCUGUCUUGUGUGCAUCGAUUUUGGUUGUGCAGUUGCUCUUGGUGUAUGUUGUCCGUGUGGACGACGUUAUUCGUUCCCGUCGGAAGCUUUGUGAGACCGGGAAUCAGUGCGCGGGAGUGAAAUCGCACCAACAGGUAACGGCGGCUAUUGCGGCCGGGGGCGCGAAGCAAAAACACGAAGGAGCGUGAGUGGCGAACCAGGAGCCAGCGUUAAUCCUGCAGUCGUAGGCCGUCGGCCGAUUCUGUCAUUUCACUGAACAGCGUCGAUCAAAGUGUACAAAACGGCGGUCACCACUUACAUAACACCUCUCAUCACAUCUGAGAAGAUGGUGACAAGGACAAAGAAAAUAUUUGUUGGCGGCUUGUCGGCGCCAACGACGCUGGAGGACGUCAAAAAUUAUUUCGAACAAUUUGGUCCGAUUGAAGAUGCCAUGCUGAUGUUCGACAAGCAAACCAAUAGGCACAGAGGUUUCGGCUUCGUCACGUUUCAAAGUGAAGAUGUCGUUGACAAAGUGUGCGAAAUCCAUUUUCAUGAGAUCAACAACAAAAUGGUUGAGUGCAAGAAAGCCCAGCCGAAGGAAGUGAUGCUACCAGCUAACCUUGCAAAGACGCGGGCAGCCGGUCGAGGUGCUUACGAUUUUAUGUGGUCCCUGGGAGCUCUACCAGAUGGUUUCCCAGCAGCAUACGCGGCUUAUGCGGCAGGCCGUGGUUACUCCGGCUACCCCAGCUUUGGACUACCCUAUCCAACAGUGGAUCUUACCAAUGGACAACUGACUCCAAACAACAACACACCCUUGCUCACGCAAGCUCUUUCUGUGAUGAACAAUUACCAAGCGGCGGCUCAAGCCGGCUUCCCGCCUGCUUCGCCCCAUGGCGCCGGCGGCCACGGAGGUCCCCAGGGCCGCUCCUUCCCAGCUGCUAAUUCACCCGGACCUAUUGACAUGUAUAGUUCGAGUGCCGUCGCCGCAGCGGCCGCUGCGGCCGCGGAUUCAGCAGUGGCCAGCUACGUCCAGGCGGCUGCCAGCCCCCAGCCACCUACCACCGCAUUCCCAGCCAUCGCCGUAUCUCGUGCUCCACUUAACUACAGUCCCGGUCCUCUGAUACCAGCAGCAUUCACUAACGGCUAUCAUUGAGCCUUGAUAAAACCUAAUAUCAGGAUGGACGAGAGGGCAGAGCGCAGAUUGGUCGACUGACGGCAUUACUAUUCGAGGAACGCGAGAACAAGUCGCAAUUAAUUAAAAAAUAUCUACAUAUAUAGCUAUACA